GCGCCCUCUAUGGUCACAACAUACGAUGGUCACAGAUUCUGGUGUAACAUCGGCCUCUGUCCAACUGCGAUUUGUUUCCUACGUUAUGACCUUGUUUACUUGUCGAGGCAAAGCCUAUCGAGCAGAAUUGCAAAGAAAAACAAAAAAACAGGGGGAAGGAAAUUAACUGGUUCCUGUUUGAAUAUCAUGCACCUGGCAGCGAAGGUGGGGAGAAAUGUUUUUGCUGGAGAGAAGAUGGCGCUUCUUGAUGAUCAUCCGAGAACUAUGUAAAGCCGUGGUGUCCAUGGAAGCCGAGCGCUAGUUAGGAUCAUCAACAUCGCUAGUUAGGAAAUCGUUUCGGAUUGUAUUUGGUGUUUUUGGACCACAGACGUGCUGCAUCACGAUGGAUGAGGCAUCCCCAGCGUCACUGACCGACAUGUGCCUGUCACUGGUGAGCUCCAGACUGGAUCGGUUCUGCGUGAAGCAGGGCGACGGCUCGCUUUGUCUCCGUGAUCUUGUGGUCUUCCCUCAGGAGUUGGCUGACCAGCUGCUCUGCAAUAUGGCCACAGAGGGGCUGCUGAACGACAGUACGGUGGGGAUUUUCCGUAACAGCCGGCAGCUCCGGUUGCGUCGCGCCUGCAUCCGUACCGCUCGCAUCUCAGCAGAGGCGUUCGAGCGCGCCCUGUGCCUGCACCGCCUGCUGGAGCUCGACGCCUCGCAUGUCAACGCAGACCUCACCAUCACUGAUAUCCUGUGCUGCCUGUCGGCUAGCAAGGCCGCACGCGAGAGCCUGCAGCGCCUCGUGCUCAACGGCCUGAGCAUGUCCUCGCUGGAGGAGUCGAGCGGCCGAUGCUUCAGCUCGUUGCAGGGCCUCCGAGCGCUCAGUGUGUCCAACGUGGACUUCUAUGACUCAGGGCUGGUUGAUGUGUGCUCACUGCCCCGUCUGGAAAGCCUGGACAUCUCGAACACAUCAGUAACCAACCUGACCCCUCUGCUGACCUGCAAGGACAGGCUGCGCUACCUCACCAUGCACCAGCUCAAACGGCUGGAGAUGAGCUCGAAACAACUACUGGCCGUAAUCAGCCAGCUGGAGGGUCUGCAGCAUUUGGACAUCUCGGAUGACAAGCAGUUCAUGUCAGAUAUAGCCUGGCAGCUUCUGAAAACACCGGGCAUCCUGCCUGCUCUGGUGUCUCUGGACCUCUCGGGGCGAAAGCAGGUGGCAGACGCGGCCGUCCGGUCUUUUGUCGAUGAGCGGCCAGGAAUGACAUUUGUUGGCCUGCUCGCUACGAACGCCGGCUUCUCCGAGUUUCUGUCCGGAGAGGGAACCUUAAAGGUGACCGGGGAGGCCAAUGAGACUCAGAUCUGCGAGGCUCUGAGGCGCUACACUGAGAGGGAGGGCUUUGUCAGGGAGGCGCUCUUCCAUCUUUUCAAUCUCACAUACGUGAUGGAGAAAGCACGUCCCGACAUUCUCAAACUGGUAGCUUUAGGCAUGAAGAACCACCCCUCUACUCUGAACGUGCAGUUGGCAGCCAGCGCUUGUGUCUUCAACCUCACCAAGCAGGACCUAGCAAACGGGAUGCCUGUACGUCUCUUAGGUGAAGUCACACAGCUGCUGCUUGAGGCCAUGAACCUUCCCAAUCACCAACAGUUGCAGAAGAACUGCCUGCUGUCUCUGUGUAGUGACCGUAUUCUGCAGGAAGUUCCCUUCAAUAGGUUUGAAGCUGCUAAACUGGUCAUGCAGUGGCUAUGUAAUCAUGAAGAUCAAAAUAUGCAGAGGAUGGCAGUGGCAAUCAUAUCCAUCUUGGCUGCUAAGCUGUCUACUGAGCAAACAGCACAGUUGGGAGCAGAGCUAUAUAUAGUCAAGCAACUCCUGCACAUUGUGCGCCAAAAGACGUCUCAGGGCACAGUGGAUGCCACACUAAAGUUCACACUCAGUGCCCUGUGGAACUUAACAGACGAGUCACCUACUACCUGCAGGCAUUUUAUUGAAAACCAGGGCUUAGAGCUUUUCAUCAGCGUGCUAGAGUCUUUCCCUUCAGAGUCUUCCAUUCAGCAGAAGGUUCUUGGUUUACUGAACAACAUAGCCGAAGUGGGCGAGCUGCAUGCAGAGCUGAUGGUACAAAGCUUUCUGGAUCACAUCAGGUCUCUGUUGCACAGUCCUGAAGUGGAAGUCAGCUACUUUGCAGCGGGGAUCCUGGCUCACCUCACUUCACGGGGCGAGACAGUGUGGACUCUUGACCUGUCCCUCAGGACCACACUGCUGGAGCAGCUGCACUCAGCAAUCCUAAAAUGGCCCACGCCUGAAUGUGAAAUGGUGGCCUACAGAUCAUUUAACCCUUUCUUCCCCUUGCUGGAGUGCUUCCAGACUCCUGGGGUUCAGCUGUGGGCAGCCUGGGCCAUGCAGCAUGUGUGCAGCAAGAAUGCUGCACGCUACUGUAGCAUGCUCUUAGAAGAAGGAGGCCUGCAGCAUCUGGAGGCAGUAAGUUCACAUCCUGAGACUCACUGCGACGUGAGACGAUUGUCCGAGAGCAUUCUGGACAGCCUUCAUCGCCACCGAGCGCGUACAGGCUACACAAGAGCUACGCAAGCACACACACACCGAGAGAGAGACGUUCCAUGAGACGUGCAACCCAUUACCAGUCUCUAGAUGGCGUAUGGUGUUCUACCUGGAACCUGAUUCUUUGUAUUUGUUUGUGUGUCCAUGUGUGGCUUGUUUAAUGACAUGCUCCUCCAACCUCUUCACUUCCACCAACAAACCGGGGCAGUAGGGGGUAAAAUCUAACAAGCGUUUGUUUGCACAAUUCAGAUAAAUGUUUUUGUUUGUUUUCAUCAUUUCUCAGUUUAGAAAUCGAAAUGUCUAUUUUAUCCGUCUCUUUUGCCUAAGGGAAAAAAAUUGAUAAAGUGUGACAAGAACGAACGAGAAUCGCAUGACAGCAUGUUUUGCAUGUGCUGAGAGCGCACGCUUUAAUUCCUCUGGUUAUUCUCGAUAUGCACAGUUUCUCACUGGAUUCGAUUCCGGUUUUGACGGACUUCUCGUCCCUGUAAACACAUGGCAAUAAAUAUCUCAAACGGUA